AGAUUAAAUUUGACAACUGUAGAGCAAUGGCUCCCGAAAAAUUUGUCAUUAAGUGUGGGAACUUUGCUGUGCUAGUGGAUCUCCAUGUUGUGUCCCCGGGCGGCCAAGAGGACGCCAGCUGGUUUACUACAAGCCACAUCAAGGAGGUUACAUCCUUGGUUCGGGACGCUGUGGACCAGAGGGUCAAGCAGUACAAGGAACUUCUCCACAACAGACGGCAGCCCAAGCAGAAGAAGGACCUGGGACCUGCUUCAACUUUCUUUGUGAAAGGAGAAAGUUUCAACCUGGUGGCCAAUUUUCUGAAGCGGCACUCCAAUCUCAGAUGUGUUGUCAAGCAGGAUUUGCGCUUGUUUCCUGAGCGAUAUCUUGUGUGUGUGAGCCGUCCAGUGGAUGCCUCAGCGCACCAUAGAAACCCGAGCCCGGUCGCGACUGAGCUGAACGAACAAAGCAGAUCCGAAUAUUUUUCCAGUGUGGGAGAAACCCAAGAGCUUUUAAACAGCUCGACGAAAACAAAGAAGUCUGUGCUUCAAAAGAUAGCCAAACAUGCCAGUGCCCAUCAAGAACUCUGCGGUUCCACAACAAGGAAACAGCAGAUUAAAGCUGGAAAGUCAGAAUCAAGCUUGAAAGCUGCGCCUAGCUCUGCAUCGAAGAAGCGAGAAGCAGACCACAACGUGCCAUGUAAGAGUUCCUCGACCGAGCCAGAGGCUCAGAAACAAACUAGUCAAAAGCAGAAUCAAGAGGCUGACAACAGUCGGUCAGACAGCAUCAACAUAAACAGAGUCUCGUCACAUUUCUGCCAACAUGAAAUGGGCUGUGAGAGCAGCAAGAGAUGCAAACCCAGUGAUUCUGAGGAAGACCCUCAACCACAACAGGCUAAGAGAACAUGCCUCGAGAGACCACAAGCUACAAUGCAAGCCCACUCCACCGAGCCCUCUUCACAAACAUCCAAGCAUGACCUUCCUCCUCAGCCACCCUUUCCUCUAGUCAAAGCCAAGGCACAGUCGAAGGCUUUCCCUGUCUCAGAGUGCAAGAAAGCCACACUGGAAGUAGAGCUGCUUACUCCAGGGAAACGGGCCCAGAAGCUCCCCCUCACCAGCAAUAACACAGCACAGAGAAACCAAAACACGCUGGCCACAAGUCUGAGGGGCCUAUCUGUCAAGCCUGCAUCCUCGAGCUCGUCUAUUGGUUCCAGAUCCACGCUCGCGGAGGAGGCGAGUGAAAAUGUGCCCAGAGCGUCCAGAUUACGACUGAAGAGGUCCCGAAAGGGAGAGACAAACUGUAGUAAAGAUCUUUGACGCCACAGAGGUAGAGAUAAUAUUCUGUCAAGCUUCAGGUUUGUAGUCCACGUGGUCUCCCCAGAACCCCCCCCUCCCCUCCUAGAACACUGCAAUAUCUUGUUUUCACUUGUGCCAUAUACACAUAUCACACUGACACUCGAGCGCUGGAGUUAUGCUUUUGUCAGAUACUUGAAACAGACGUUGCCUCCACCCUUAAGUCGUGGUGGUAAAGAGGCUCGCAAACGAAAGUCAAAAACCUUUAAUUGGAGUUUCGAUUUGGUUUUGUGCUGAAGAUUGGGGAUUUCAGACAGGCAGGAGCCAUGCAGUACGUCAUGGCUUUCAGUCUGAAAUACUGGCUCCUCCGCGUCUGAAAACUGUCCAGUAACGCUGCUGAAGCUCAAAUGUGAUUGAUGGCAGUUUCCAGAUUUAUUUCAUCACCACAUUCUCAAAAAAAAAAAGACUUUUCUGCUUAAGCUUCCUUCACAUACAAUUUGCUUAAUACUUAGUUGGUAAGCACCUGAAACGAAUAUAUAUAGAAAUGUUUUAAGCAGCUUUUAUUCUGAACCAAGAAUAUUUGACUAUGUAAGCAGCAGUAGCAGUACUUUAAAGACAGGACAGCGACAGUAUCACAUGUUAAACUGUAGCUGCCUCUGAAUUUUAUGGGGCUCAUACUCUCAUUCAGAAAUCAUCAUCUUCCAUUUCAUGACAUAUGGCUGCCUCCAUUUAUAUUUGGUUUUUAUUUUUUAUGA